AUGAUGCUUCACUUAUUCCUUCUGUCCGUGUGCGUUUUCGCCUCUUCGGUGUUUGCCGCCUUUGGCUUCACCAAGUCCGGCAGCAAUUAUGUUAUCGAUGCUGGUUCAAGCAAUCCUUUAAUCUUCACGGUGAACGGUGGUAGUUGCGAUAUUACUUCGAUCAAGUAUCGUGGCACUGAGCUUUCUGAGGGUGGUACGCAAUUAUCAUCCGGUCUCGGUUCCGCCACCGUCAAGGUUGAAUCCGUCACAGCAAGUUCCGUCAACUACGUGAAGGUGACCUGCACCACCUCGACCCUGACGCAUUACAUGGUAGUUAAGGAGGGAGAAAGCAAUGUAUACUUGGCUACUUACAUCAAGGAAGAGCCUUCAAUAGGUGAAUUACGAUUUAUCGCCCGCCUGAAGUCUUCUGUACUGCCCGAAGAGUACCCCUACGGCAAAGUUUCAACUACGGCGGGCAGCUCUUCUACCGUGGAGGGUUCCGAUGUAUUCGUUGUAAACGGAGAGACACGAUCGAAGUUCUAUUCCAGCACUCGUUUCAUCGACAAGGACGCUCAGUGUGUAUACGGUGGCUCUGACGUUAUUCACGUAUGCGUGUUGGCGCCGCACCCCGAAUCCUCAUCCGGCGGUCCAUUCUUCCGAGAUAUCGAAUCGAACAACGCCGGAUCGGCUACUAACCUCUAUUGGUAUAUGAACAGCGGCCAUGUCCAGACUGAAGCCUUCCGAACCAACGUCCUGCACGGACCUUACGUUAUGACCCUUUCGCGAUCUGGUGUCCCCAGACUCCGCGAUAUUGACACUUCCUUCUUCUCGGGACUGAGCGUCACCGGCUAUGUCGCCGAAUCUGGCCGUGGUUACGUCUCCGGCACCGCUUCAGGUGUUGCAAGCAGCUUCCAGAUCGUCGUGCACUGGUACAACUCCGCAGCUCAAUAUUGGACUAUCGCUUCGUCCAAUGGUGCUUUCAAGUCCCCCGCGAUGAAGCCCGGUACCUACACGAUGGUGUUAUACCAGGGCGAGUACAAGGUUGCCACCGCAACUGGCGUCUCUGUCAGCGCUGGCAAGACCACAUCGAAGAGCAUCGCUAGCACUGAGACAUCGCGUAAGUCGCUCUGGAAGAUUGGAGAGUACGAUGGUCAGCCUACCGGAUUCCUUAAUGCGGACAAGUUCCUCCGAAUGCACCCCUCCGAUAGCCGUAUGACAGCUUGGAAGCCGGUUACUUACACCGUCGGUUCCUCGUCUCUUAACCAGUUCCCCAUGGCACUCUUCCAGACUGUUAACAACCCCGUAACUAUUAAAUUCAACCUAAAGUCUGCCCCCGGAGCUGCUACUCUUCGGAUCGCAACCACUUUAUCAUUCAGCGGAGCUCGCCCGCAAGCCAAGGUUAACUCGUGGACCGCAGCGGCCCCAUCGUCACCGACAAAGAUUGACAGUCGAGGUGUAACCCGUGGAGCGUACCGUGGCCGAGGCGAAGUCUACGAUGUCAGCAUCCCUUCAGGGACUCUCGUUGCAGGUGACAAUACCAUCACGAUCACCUCCCUCUCAGGCAGCAGCGGUACUACCUUUUUGAACCCCAAUUUUAUCUUUGACGCUGUUGAGCUCUUCCAAUAA